UGAGGCUAUGACACCAUGGCCACUAUCAGGACAAGAGGAGAAAGCGGUAUAAAACUGAAUGGAAAGAUGAAGUAUCAAGCAACUUGUGUUUUAAUUUGUCUUUGCUUGAUUGCAAGUCUCUUUCAACAAGGCGUAACAGCUACUACAACUAAAGCAGCUACCUCUGCAGCAGCUGCCUCAAGUUCUGGUGUCAGCUCAAGUUCAGGAACUGGUACCGGAAGUGGAUCAGGGUCUGGAGGGGGCGGUGGAGGUUCUUCAGUUGUUCGUGUGAGUGGUGUUAUGGUUGUCCUGGCUGGAGUUCUUGCAUUCAUUUAUAACACCAAGACAUCCUUCUAAAGACUAAAGUGCUUUGUUUUAAUAUUUAUUUAUUAUAUGACACAUGCCUAGAAAUGUGAUUACACAAGUCUAUGUGGGUAUAUGAUGACGAAAUUAGAUUUUUCUGAUUACCUAUUUUCACAUGUCAUUUACAUACGUAUUUUUACAUAACAUUAUAUGAAACAUAGCUCGUUCUUUAUUCUAUACUGGUAAAAUAUGACGAAAGCAACAUCCUAUCGGUUGACUUUUCGAUUACCUCAUUCAGAUGAUUAACGAUUAAAGAUGAAUAAAAUUGU